AUGACUGAUAAUAUUACUUACCUUAUCAAUGCUAUUCCAAACCUGGCCCCUGAGAUAGCCGACUUCUUAGCCUGCCGACUAUCUUGGGGGGUAACCUAUCAAAUAAACCAGCAUUUCUUCCGAUCUAUAAAUUUACAAUUGUCUAAAGAAUUACUCGAAAACACCGAUCCCUCCAAAUUCCUCACUGGUAUUGGUAUACGACUUGCUAUAUCACCGCUGGCAUUUACUGUGUCUUUUCCCGACACAUAUCGCAUAUUGGAAGCCCUCCAUAAAACCAUCAGAGGCGUGGAUGUUUAUGAACCCUGUGCUAUAGCGGUUUUGAGAGAGCUUGCCUUGCAUGUUAUGGAACAACCCAGUCAAGCGUCGAAAGAGUCAACAGAAUUUGUCAAGACAUGGCUUGAAAAGUUGGAUAUACCUCCUCAUAUCUGUAUGGCGACUCAAUAUAUCUGGAAAUAUGGGGAACGACGAAUUUCCGGUGCGAGUCAUGAGGUGGCUUUUGGACUGGUACUUCCACGGAAAGUGCAGGCAGAUUAG